UGGUAUUGCAUUUUGUAAAACAAGGAAGUAGUUUUUCGCAGGAACUCUAAUGACAACAAAACUCAACUUCGACAUGCGUUGGUAUUUACGUAGAAUACAGGUAUUGUGAAAAAAUGUUGUGUAUGUAAUGGGUGCAGGUGCAUCAUUGGAAAUACCCGUGAAAACAGAAAAUACAUCAGCUUCCCCAUUACUGUCUACUCCAUCAGAAAACAGUAGUGGUUACCAUAGCAACAUAGAAGAUUUGGACACAUUAGCAAGUAUGCAGUCUCAGACAGCACAGACUAACCAAAAGAUAAUGCCAAAGCGACCUCUUGCUUCAAGACCCUCAGUAAUUAUCGGGGCUGUAACAAAGCAACAGCAAGAAAGGGAAGAAGAACUAGAAAAUAAAAAUGUCAAAAAGUCACCUGAACUGAAAAAAGUAUUUGAGGGUUUUGAACAAUGCAAAAAGUUUUUGCUAGAUCAGUCUAAAAGAAAUGAAAGGUAUUACGAGCCACUCAAUAAAAUGCUGAAAGACAACGUAACCGAAGCAUUUUCCAAGUUUGACAAAGAUGAGCAGCGUAUGGUGAUGGCAAAUAGACUAGCAAGAAUAAACUUUGUUCAGGCCUUGGUUGGUUACUACAACUUUGUCUAUGAUGAUCUUGAUGUUGAUGGAAUAAGCUAUGGCUUUGUUGAUGAGGCAAAUCAGGUGAAAGAGAAGAAGAACAAGGAUCCAGGGGACCACGGCACACUUCUGGUUCUAACCAUUAGAGAAAUACUAUGGAACUUCUCUGACAGCAGUCAUAAAUUCUCAGAAAUGAUCUCUCAGACUGAUUUAUUCACGAAACUUGUGCAUGACCUUGAAAUAAUAAAAGAAGAGGAUCUUCAAGAUAUGGCGGAUUUUGAAGACAUGGAUCUAUUUGCAUUCAAUUCUGCAGUUGGAAUUCUACAUAACUGUGCCAGAAAUCCUGACAUUGAUAAACAAAUAUUUCGUGACCUUAAAGUGACUAAGUUGUUGUAUCCAUUCUUAAGGUCAACUGUGUAUGUAAAGAUGAUAACAUUGUUGGCACUUGGAAACAUUGUAACAGAAGAAGAGGUGUCUAAAUUGGCAGCUGAAGAGGAUGUUAUAGACUUCCUCCUGAAAGCAAUCGUCAAGGCACUGAAUGCGCCAGACAGAAAAGAGCAUGGGUUUCACUUGACAGAAUUAGUUGACGGUCUAGCCGCUAUUGCGCAGAGUGAUACAAAUAAAUCAAAGGUUGUGUCCAAGGAGAAUCUGCUUGCCACACUUGUGAAAAUAAUCCAGGGAAAGGUUACCACAGAGGUUCUGGCAUGUGUGAAGUUGGUGUGGCAACUGGCAUUCUUAUCAGCUAACAAGAGUGCAAUUAAGAAAGAUAAAGAGCUGAUGAAAACUUUAGAUUCACUACGGAAAGAUGCAGACUACGACAUCAAGACAACAGCAAAUAGUGCUUGGUUUGUUCUCGUUGACCAAGAUGAGAGACUGCAUCAUGAGGAAGAAAUGAAAAAAUCUCACAAGAAAACAGCAGAUACAGGGAAGGCUGCAACAACACCAGGAGGGAAACAUAUAAUGAUUAGUUACUGCUGGAAAGACAAAGAAACUGUUCUAAAGAUACACCAGAUUCUUGAGAAUGAAGGUUAUCCAACAUGGAUAGAUGUAAAAGAGAUGAAUAAAUAUGCAAACUUACUGGAGGGAAUGGCACGAGCAGUAGAGGAAGCCUAUGUUAUUCUUAUCUGCUUCUCAGAACAAUACAGAAACAGUCAGAACUGUAGAACAGAGGCAGACUAUGCAUAUGCUCAACAGAAAAACAUUGUGCCAUUAAAGAUGCAGCGAGGGUAUAAGCCUGAUGGUUGGCUUGGAGCACUAAUUGGUGCCCGGCUGUACAUAGAGUUUUCACCUCACUAUCCAUUUGAUGACCAGAUGAAAAAAGUUCGUGAUCAAAUUAAACUUGAUGAUGAACCUCCUCCAGUGGUGAGAAAACCAGAUGUACCAGACACAACAUCGUCAGCAGCAACACGGGUACGAGUCUGGACAAGAUCACAGAUAGAUUCUUGGAUAACUGAACACAAGUUACAGGGAAGUGCUUUCAAACAAGUGAAGAGAAUGACAGGAGAGCAGUUAGAGUUCCUUUACAAGGUCAUGAUUAAGUCACCAGACACAUUCUACCGUUGGUUAGAGAUGAAGUUGGAGUUAAAAACACUCGAAGAUCUUAUGAAAUUUGACAGAGCUGUCCAAGCGUUAGGGAAGCAUGUCAGUCAUUGACAGUGAGCACACUAGAUGGACUCCCAGAAUGUUCAAAUCAAAAUAUGCUUCGAUAUUACACAUGUUCUAUUUAUAGUAUGUUCCAUUUAUAGUUUACAGUAUAUCUGGUGUUGGUACGAAAUAUGAGGUAGUACAAUAGUUGAUAUUUGUUAAUAGACAAUAAGAGUUUACGGUCCAAGUUUGUUUGCUAAGCUCAAGGGGCCUGUCAAAAUUUGUUAGGGCCAUUAAUAGUCUGUACCAACCAAGUUUACAUUUCUCCUGUACAUAGUUCUGACUUAACAUGUAAACACAUAGGACUAUGAUCUUAACAGGUAUUCCAUAUUGUUUUAUCAUUGUUAUGUGUAUUAAUCAAGGAAAACACAAAAACACUGUAACAAUUUCUGAUUAAAGUAUUAUUAUUAUUGUCGUCACUUGAUUGUCGGUGUCAGUUAAAAUUUUUGUUUAGGUCCACUUCUUCCCAAAAAACUAUAAUAUCAUUUUUAGCUCAUCUGAUUUUUUGAAAAAAAAUGAUGAGUUAUUGUCAUCACUUGAGCGGUUGUCGGCGUCGGCGUCGGCGUCUGCGUCGGCGUUGCCUGGUUAAGUUUUAUGUUUAGGUCAGCUUUUCUCCUAAACUAUCAAAGCUAUUGCUUUGAAACUUGGAAGACUUGUUCACCAUCAUAAGCUGACCCUGUAUAGCAAGAAACAUAACUCCAUCUUACUUUUUGCAAGAUUUAUGGCCCCUUUUGUACUUAGAAAAUAUCAGAUUUCUUGGUUAAGUUUUAUGUUUAGGUCAACUUUUCUCCUAAACUAUCAAAGCUAUUGCUUUGAAACUUGGAAUACUUGUUCACCAUCAUAAGCAGACCCUGUACAGAAAGAAACAUAACUCCAUCUUGCUUUUUGCAAGAAUUAUUGCCCCUUUUGGACUUAGAAAAUCAGUUUUCUUGGUUAAGUUUUAUGUUUAGGUCAGCUUUUAUCCUAAACUAUCAAAGCUAUUGCUUUAAAACUUGCAACACUUGUCCACCAUCAUAAGCUGACCCUGUACAGCAAGAAACAUAACUCCAUCUUGCUUUUUGCAAGAUUUAUGGCCCCUUUUGGACUUAGAAAAUAUCAGAUUUCUUGGUUAAGUUUUAUGUUUAGGUCAACUUUUUCUCUUAAACUAUCAAAGCUAUUGCUUUGAAACUUGCAACACUUGUUCACCAUCAUAAGCUGACCCUGUACAGCAAGCAACAUAACUCCAUCCUGCUUUUUGCAAUAAUUAUUGCCCCUUUUGGACUUAGAAAAUCAUUUUCUUGGUUGAGUAUUAUGUUUAAGGCAACUUUUCUCAUAAACUAUCAAAGCUAUUGCUUUAAAACUUGCAACAGUUUUUCACAAUCAUAAGAGGACACUGUACAUCAAGAAACAUAACUCUAUCCUGCUUUUUGCAAGAAUGAUGGCCCUUUUUAGACUUAGAAAAUCAUGGGUAGGACAAUAUUUCUAUUAUACAAAAAAAAUCAGAUGAGCGUCAGCACCCGCAAGGCGGUGCUCUUGUUUAUUAUAUGCCUAUAUAAAUUCUGUAAAAAAUCGGCUUGUAUUUCACAAUGAAAUAUGAACAAACAUACAAAAAUUCCGUAUUGUACCUUUUAAAUUCGGUAUUGUACCUUCCGUAUUGUAUGCUGCCGGACUAUUUUUAUUAAUAUGCAUGACCCGACACAUUUCUAUAAAUCGCGCACAUAGAAAGUUCACUAAGUUCCAUUUAAUAUCGAUAAGCAUUGAAGACUUCCUUCAAGAACAAAACAAGAAUCAAAAUGGUAAAGGUAUAUAAUAAAAGGGUCAUUAUAACAGUAGCUAGAUCUGGGUCUUUGUAUUCGGCUCUCAUGGAUUUUGCAAGGUUGGAUCACACUCGGCGCUUGCGCGCCUCAUGAGAUCCGAUCUCGCAAAAUCCACUCGAGCCGAAUACUGCAUCCCAGAUCAAGCUACUGUUAUAAUAACCCUAUUAUACUUGGUUACAAGCAAAAUCAAGCCUUUGUAUACUCAGAUUUUACUUGUGACACAUAGGUAAAUACUUGGGAAUUUAACUGAUGGGACUCAUGAUUUACUUUUACACAGUGUAUCUAGUUUGACUUAAACAGAAUGAAGCAGGAAUAUUGACAGGAAAAAGUCUUUAAGAUAGCCAGAAUUUGAAUAUAAGUAAGGUCGAAGUACCAAGCUUCAGCUGUGAUAUGUUGUAUGAUAAAAAUAUAUGUAUUGCUGAUGCAUGGAACGGGACUUUUUAUUUUAAAUACAUAUAUACACUUGUAAUUCUGUGAUACGCAUUCAUAUGCAAUUUUUUUCUGUGAUGACAAAAAAAAAACAUCCAUGUUUAAGAAAUUUUUGUGUUUACUUGACUUCAUGUUUCAUCUGUGUAUGUUCAUUCAUGUCUAAAGGGCCAAACAGAAUAUAUAUUUUUGUUUUCUGUACAAAUUCAUGAACAGUUUUUAUAUACAUUAUAUUUCUGUGAUAAUGUUAAGAGAUGCCAAAAAUAAAUGUUUGUUUAUGUAUGCUUACACAGUGACCUUGAGACUGCUAAAUGACUAAAGAAUCCUUCGGUCUACAGCCAUAAAACUUCAUAGGAUAGAGAUGAGUUCCUUUGGUCAAUAGGUCACCCCAAGUGUUUCUUGUGUCUGUCUUGUCAAAGGUCAAUGUCACAGUGACCUUUAGUUUUGCUCAGUAACUAAGGAAUGCUUUUGUCUACAGUCAUCAGACUUUAUAGGAUGAUUGCCUUUCUGUGGUCGGAAAAUUAAAAGUCAGUCACAGUGACUUCUAGAAAAGAAUUCUGCUUCAAGAAUAUUUUAGCCUACGGUCAUCAAACUUUAUAGAAUGAUUGUCUCUGAUCAGUAUAUGAUCCCUAUUGUUUUAGGGGUCAGUAGAUCAAAGCCACAGUGACCUUGAGACUCAAAUGGUUCCUGCUCAGUAUCUAAAAAACCCUAUGAUUACUGCUUUAAGACUUCAUAUGACAAUUACCUGCGGUCAGUAGAUGACUAUUUUUAUUUUGGGGAUCAGUAAGUCAAAGGGCAAGGUCACUGUGAUGUUGAGACUGAAAACAUUUUCAGCUUGACUAAAAAAAGCAUUUGCCUACAGUUCAUAGAGGGACUGCCUUUGGUCAUUAGAUGACCCAUAUUUUGUUGGGGAUCAGUAGGUUAAAAGUCAAGGUCAUAGUGAUCUUUCAACUGAAAAUGGGAGUGGGAGUAUAUGUGUUUUACAAACAGCUCAUGUUAUUUAUUUCUUUGAUAGUAGAUCUACUGUCUUUUAGUACCUGUUUAUAUACAUACAAUCUCAGCCACUCAGGUUUUUUUUUGCUGUUAUAUCAUGCCAUCAUCUUGUAGUUUUUUAACGAGUUAAAAUAUCUUUAAUCAAUCCAAUAUGUUCAGCAGUAGUGUACAUAGCCAUGACUAAAAAUGUAAGAUCUGAUUUUUAGGGAAUAUACUUUGAUUCUGACAUGUAAAACAAACAGAUUUCCUGCUUUUCAAAGGAUCCUUAUAGAUAUUGUUAGUGAUCUGAACAGCAGUCUUUAAGUGCCAUGUGGCAGCUGUAAGAAGUAUCCCUGUACUUGAAGUCAGUGUUUUUAUAUUGCUGUAUUCUUUGGGAUCAUGGAAUCCAUUUAAUUUUACUAAAGUAGAAUUCCACUGCACAUGUAAUUACCUCUUAUGAACAGACUAAAUCAAACUGAGUCUGCUGUUACCCUAAUUGGUUGUGUUCUGUGCCUAGUGUACCUAUCUUGUAGUUCCUUAAUGGUGAAAAAAACAUUUUUACUGUGAAAUUACCACAUAUAUUUCACAAUUAUAUUUCAGUAAUUCACUUAAAAGACAGUAAUAAAUUCUCCGUACAUGUUAAAGCACCAAACAGUGUCAAUAAAAGUCAAUGAAAUAAACUACAUUGAGCUAUGGUAUUGUGGCAUUAUGAUGCUACAUGGGUUAUUGUAUGACUAAAUAUUGGUAAAAACCAUUGAAAAAUAGAUGUUUUGUUUGACAUCCAUUUUAUGUACAUAUAUGUUAACAUCUAUUUCUCACUUGAACACUAGACUUAAUUUUCUCUUAAGAAAAUAUUGCAUCCUAAUUGUAUGCUCUUAGGGAAGGGUAUUCUUUAACUUACUAAUUCAUGUGGAAAACUGAAAAUUAUAGCUUCAUUUUGUUUUCUCUUGAUUGCAUUGAAAUAGUUUUUUUUCUGGCAAAUAUUUUUUCUGCAUAUUUCAGUAUGCUUUGUUAUUUUUUCUGCGUUUUCCACCCUUUCAAAAAGAGCGGGUAUAUUGUUGUUUUUCUCAUGUUGGUCUGUCCAUAUGUAUGUCUGUUGACACUCUGGAUCUGAUCAUUACUUGUAGAAUGCUUUGUCCUAGAAUAGGCAAUAUUCAUAGGCUGGUUACCUGUAGUCAAAAUAUCACAUCUGUUGUUUUUAGGAUCAGAUCAAAGGUCAAGGUUGCAGUGAUGUUUUGACUGAAAAUGGUUUAUCAUCAAUAUGCAAGGAAUACUUAGGUCUAUAGGAGUCAAAAUUCAUACGGUGAUUACCUGUGGUCAGUAGAUGACUCAGUAGGUGAGUGACCAUAAGACUGAAUAUGGUUUCCAAUCAAUAACUGAAGAAUUCUUGGGCAGGAUGAUUGCCUCUUGUAAGCAGGUGGUCUCUGUUGUUUUUUAGGAUCAUUUGAUCAAAAGUCAGUCACAGAGAUCUGAAUACCUGACAGUUUCUGGUCAGUUGUUGUAGAAACAAGACAAAAUCUAUUUCAUUUCUUUAUGUUUUACGUAUCAUGAGUUUCAUCGGACAUUAUACAUCAUUCGACAGUUUAUGUUUACAAGACUUUAUAUAUAUCCGGUACAUCAUAUAGGGUUGCUCUAGUUCAAAUACUAUUGCGCUUGUUAACAGAUGUAUGCAUUUAUAACCAUUCAGUGUUAUGCUUUUAACUACUAUGAAUGUAUAUCAAAGAAAAGAUAGGGUUUUAUUCCUUUUCACUGAUAUAUCUAACCCCUUUUAAUGUUUGUUUCGUUCCGUUUCGCAAAAUACCAAUACCUGUGUGGGUAAUGGUACUUUGCGUAACGGAACGAAACAAGACAAAACAUGUUUCAUAUUUGAUGUUUUGCAUAUCAUUAGUUUCAUCGGACAUUAUACAUCAUUCAACAACUAAUGUUUAUACAGGGUUCAUGUAAUUUACUAUAAUAUUUUGAUUUUUUAUUUCUCCCCAUAUGGUGCCCCUCGUUCCGUUUCGUUUCGUUCCGUUUCGCAAAGUACCAAUAGCCGGCAUAAGGUCUCAUACUUCAUAGCAUGUGAGUCUAUAAUCAGGGGAUGACCCUUAUUGCUUAGUACCUCAUUAAGUCAAAGGUCAAGGUCAUAGCGUACUGGUGACUAAAAAAUUACACACCAUAAUAUAACUCCUACAGGCCAUCCUGAAGCUGUUGUGUUUAAGUUAAGCCUGUUAAGGAUAUUGGAAGGAUAUACAGUCUUGUAUAUGUUUUUAGCUCCACUAUUCCGAGAAUAGGGGUGCUAUACUACUCGCCCCCGGCGCCAGCAUGAGCUUUCUAGUUUAAAGGUUUUCGGCAACCUUUGUUUUUCUGUCAUCUCUUUGUUACUAUUGCUUAUAUCUUAUUGUAAGUUCACAUAAACAUUGUCCAGCAUACAAACAAAGUAUGUGCAUGGGCUGAGCCCCUUAUACAUAAGGUCAAGGUCACCAAGGUGUUAUACUUAGGUUAUUUUUAAGGUUAAAGUUUUUUGGCAACCUUUGUUUUUCUGUCAUAUUUUUGUUACUAUUGCUUAUAUCUUACAGUAAGUUCACAUAAACAUUGUCCAGCAUACACACAAAGUAUGUGCAGGGGCUGGGCCCAUUAUACCCAAGGUCAAGGUCACCAAGGUUUUAUACUUAGGUUAUUUUUAAGGUUAAAGUUUUUUGGCAACCUUUGUUUUUCUGUCAUAUCUUUGUUACUAUUGCUUAUAUCUUACUGUAACUGCACAUAAACAGUGUCCAGCAUACAAACAAAGUACAUGUAUGUGCAGAGGCUAGACUCAUUAUACCCAUGGUCAAGGACACCAAUUGUUAUACUUGGAAUUAUGUUACCCCUCAGAGUAGUAAGGUUUUUUUAUAUCUUUGUGUAUCUUCCUUUUGAAGUAGAGUUCUCUUAUUGAGACAUAAAUUCAUUUUACUGUCAGAUCACCGGAUAGUUGAGCACGCUGUCUUUCGGACUGCUCUUAAAAAAUUGUCAUACAUUUAUUUUGAGUGUUUUUUUAAUGCUUGCUUUUGUAAAAAUUUGCCUAGAGCUAAGCUUGCCAUAUAUGUUUUAGUCUCCUUAUUUCCUUUAAUUAUAUAAUCUUUUCUUUUCACAGCUUCUUAAAAAUUCACUGUCAUGCUCCAAAGGGUUUGUAAAAAGAAUCAAAUAUUUUAAAUUUUAUUGAGUUAAACCUUAGAAUGUAUUGUGUGAACUAAUGUUUGUUCUUUUACAAGGUUUGUUUUUUGUUUUUGACAUCUGUAUGUAUUUGUUAUUGCUAUUUGAUAUUUUUAUAUCAUUUUAAAGAAUACCAAUAGUGGUAAUAUAAGAGGGCGUUUAGGGGGAUGGGAUUGGGGGCAGGAGGGUCACAUAACUCCUACAUUUUUCAGGAGAUUUGGCUCAAUUUGAUCACUGUGAAAUGAACUUACAUAUAUUAACAGGACAUGAAUGUACCUGCCCUGGUUUAAGACUUAUAGUCCUAUUUGCAAAAUGCUUUGUAUUGUGCGAAAGUAAUACAGUCUUUAUCUGGAAAACUCCUCCAACAGUAAGUCUUGUCAAAGGAUUUAGCCGAAACAAAAGAGAUGUCAUACUAUAAAAUGACUAUAAUGUUUUUUAUAUACCGUUUUUAAGCAGUUUAAUUUGUACACAUAAGAUCUGACUCACAUCCCUUUUUCAGAUGCCAUCAAGGUAACAUUCUUGUGCCAUAUUUGUAAAUAAAGUAUUUAUUUUCAGUCUGGAAAUUUUUAAUUGUUACAUAAUAUACUAGUACAUUUGUAUACAUUUACAAAUAAUAAAAUGAUGCAAAAAUA